AUGGCCGCGUCUCAGGACUUUCAAAACGAAGUCAUCCCGCCUCUCUCCCAGCAAGACAAAGACCGCAGAUGGGCUGUCCAGCUCCGCGUCUACGACCUCUCCAAAGGAAUGGCCCGGCAGAUGUCGCCGAUGCUUCUGGGGAGGCAGAUCGACGGCAUCUGGCACACAGGCAUCGUCGUAUAUGGAAUCGAGUAUUUCUACGGAGGCGGCGUGUGCACUCUUCCUCCCGAGGAAGUUGAACGAAACUACCACAUGCAGCCAGAGCGCGUUCUCACCAUGGGGUUUACCACCGUCGAUAAGGCGACAUUCGACGCAUUCGUCCAGCAGAUUUCGCCUCGGUUUACGAUGGCAACCUACGAUCUUCUGAACUGGAACUGUAAUCACUUUACGACAGAGCUGACGCAGUAUCUCCUCAACAAACCCAUUCCGGACUACAUUCGGUUUCAGGUCCAGGAAGUGGCGCAGACGCCGACGGGGCGGACGAUUCUUCUGAUGCUCCAACGCCAGCAGCAAGAAGUGCAGCGCACUGCCGCUGGGAUGGGCCAGCGAACGCUGUGGACGCAGGGCGGGUCUCCGCAGGCUCUCGCUUCCCCUGCUGCCGAGACCUUCUCAGCGCCCGACAUUUCCAGUCCGUUGGCGAAUGUUCUGCGCAGUGUGUGCACCAGCGGCGAAUUGGUCCGGAGCACCAAGAAGGUGUUCUUGUUGACUCUGCUGACUCUGGUGAGCAACUUGUUGAAGCCGGAGCGCGACCCCAAGUUCCUGCGCCUCCGCCGAAGCAACGAAGUCAUCCAGUCGAAAAUUCUGCGGAUCCCAAACGGCCAACAAGCUUUGGAGCUGCUCGGGUUCGAGCUGCAGACAGGCGAGCAGCCCGUCGGAACGGAGGCUGGGGCGUCGGACACGACAGCCCGAGGAGAGGCAGGCGGUGCCGACGACGAGUUUGUCUUCACCCUGUUCAAUGACUCUUCGUCAGAGGCGAGCGUGGUGGAGAAGUUGACCGCGCAGAAAGCGGAGAUCCAGGCGUUCCUCGACGCUCUGGAGAGCGCUGGAGCCAGUGGCGCCGCCGCUCCACAGGCUGCUUCGAAUCAAGGACGCGGUGUCCAGGGCGGGGCGGCACAAGCCCCCGAGGAAAGAUUCCGAUUUCAGCUGCAACAGCUCGAGGCGAUGGGGUUUGUAGAGACCCAGAAAAACGUCGAAGCCUUGGAAGCAGUAAAUGGAAACCUGAACGCAGCGAUCGAUCGCCUUCUCGGCUGA